UUCUACAGGACUGGGCGUGAAGCCCUGUGCACCGCCACAAGUAGGGCAGGCCUUCUCUGUCUUCAGCGAGGACAAUCCACAAGACCAGGUCAUCCCCGCCCCCACAGGAGAGUGGACUAACCCUCCACUACCCCGUGUGACCUCCAGAGAAAACACACACAAGCCUGGGAAGUGGACAGAAGCCAAGGUUUCCCAGAGAGCGGUACCAGCCGUCCCGUUCGCGGCAGUGUCCAUGAACGCCAACUCUGAGUUCAGCAUACAUGUAGAGGAGGGAGCGGCUCAGGCACAGCCAACUCCACAAAAGCCCAUAGAGAUGGGAACCCAAGUGCUGAGUGCAAGGAAACCUGAAAAAUCCUCAAAUCCACUGAAGAACAUGUACUUGCCUCCUUUUGAGGAUGAGCCCAACAAAAUCCCGCAGUACUGCAAGAAGUUUGUGUACACGGGGCUCGAGGAGUUCCAGUUUGAAGAACUCCGGGGAGCACGCCACUUACAGAUAGAGAGGAAGAGGAAAAUGGAGGAAGACAUGAGGAGACAGGAAGAGCAGCGCCGUGAGAUGGAGGUACAGCUGGCCCAGCAGAGGCAGCAGCUGCAGGAGAUGCAGCAGACCUUCCAGCAGGAGCAGCUGGCUCUACAGGAGGAGCGCAGACAGAUGAUGGAGCAGUACCGACAACAGAUGCUCAGGGACAGAGCUGAGAUGGAAAGAAUGCUGGUGGAGAGGAUGAGGGACACCACCCUGGAGCCUGGAGCUGAUCCUGACACAGAGCCAGAGGACAGUCACACUGCACAGGAGAACAGUCAUGCCAGAACAGCUGGGCUGACAGAGAGCCACAGAGAACACACAGUAACCACACAUCUGAACUUUGAGGAAAGUCUGGCUUCAGGUCUCCAGCCAUCUGUCGUGACUGCCAUGGCUGAGACUGUGGACUACAACAGUGAUGUGGAGAUGGAACAAGAACCCACCCCAGUCAAUACUGCACCUCAGGCAGACACAGCGGACCCAAGAUCUGGACUGUUGCCAGACACUUCCGCCACCCCGGCGUCUACCGCGGCGAUAGUGACGUCGCGCGAGCCGAGCUUCGUGAAGACGCCAAACUCCUCCACCUGUGGUGGCCCCACCCCUUCCACCACGCCAGGGCGUCGCCCGAUCACGGACCCGUCCCCGACUAUCAACACGAAGGCAGCCAUGAAGGAGCUGGGAGAGUUCUUCUGUGACGACAUCGGUUUCGGGGCAGUGGGGGGAUCAGACGGAUUCGAGGACAUUUUUGCAACAGGCACCAGUGGUGGCACAGCUAGCGCCGGUGGUCUCGGCUUCUCUGCACCUCAAGGACAGACUGGCGGCCUCGGGGGGUUCACCAUAUUUGAUGAGAGUAAGGAGACUGUGAAGGUGGACAGGAUGGAUGUGGAUGCUCAAGGCAUCUCGGAAGAUCAAGAAAACAAUCCUCCUGGUGGGUACCAGACAGGCGCUAAACGACAUGGUCUGGGGGUCCUGCAGCCAUCCCAGGGGAUUCCUGUGGAGGAAAUCAAGGAGGUCGAUGACCUUGACGGCAUCGUGCCGUUCGAGGACGACAGUCCCGACAUGACGUUUGCCUCUGCUGGGAACCAGUCCAGUUUCUGCACCAUGGCCCGCCUGGCAUCCACGCCGUUCAACAGUACGGGCCCCAACCUUCCCGAGCUGCCUGCCAGCAGUAUCCGGCCGGUUUACAACUCCACCAGGAAGGCUCUCGGCAUGCUGGAGAUCUCUACUACAGAAGACCUGGCUGCAGCAGGAGGCAGUGGUGCAGGGAGGGCGUUGGUUGAGGAGACGUUUGACACAACAGUGGGGAACCGCCCUGCAGCCGCCCUCAGCCCCAUCAUGGAGAACAGUUCAGAGGAGAAGAGCCAGGUUUCCUCCGACCAGGGCUCUACCAACUCUGCCCCCUCUCUCUCAGUAGCCAUCCAGUCCACAAGUUGUGCAGAACCAACAACAGAAAGUGAAGCAGCGGUCACGUCCGAUCCUCCAGCUCUGGUAGAGGAUGAGGUCUUCGUUGAGGACGUUAACCCCUUUGACCCAGAGGUGGUCUCUGCCCUGCUUGCCAAAGUGCGAGGUUCCCUGACCAGCCACCAGACCUACCAGGAGGAGGAGGGGCACAUGCCUCAGAUCAGGCCUGGUGUCGCCAUCAAUCUGGGCACGGACCUGUACCACAUUGACAAGCUCGUCGGAUCCGGAGCGUUUGCCAAGAUCUACCAGGCUUCCCUCUUGGAUGCUGACGACUUGACUGAUCUGGAAGGAGAAAGAAAGGUUACACUCAAGGUGCAACAGCCGGGAUGCCCGUGGGAGUUCUACAUCAACAGUCAGGUGCACGAGAGGGUCAGCAGGCUACAGGAUCCAAUGGACAUUAGACCAUCGUUGAUGAGUAUCGAUGCGAUGCACGUCUUCAGUGAUGGCAGUGUGUUAGUUAACGAGCAGCACAGCUGUGGAUCCUUACUGGACAUCAUCAACAUGUACAGAACAGCUGGUAAGAAGAUGAGCGAAGUGAUGGUGGUUUUCUACACACUGGAGAUCCUGUACAUCGUGGAGCAGCUGCACCGCUGUCACAUCAUCCACGCUGACCUGAAACCUGACAACUUCCUCAUCAGGGAGGGUUUUGAUGACAAGCCUGAGUGUCUGUUCAGCAGCCAGCUGCGAGGUCUGAAGCUGAUUGACUUCGGCAUCAGCCUGGACAUGGAGUUGUUCCCCCCCAACACCACCUUCCGAGCCAGGACCAACACCUCAGCCUUCCAGUGCAUCGAGAUGCAGACCGGCAAGCCUUGGUCCUACCAGGCGGACCUGUAUGCCAUCAUCAGCACAGUCCACUGCAUGCUGUUUGGGGAGUACAUGAAGGUUUACUAUGAAGGAGGCCGUUGGAAAAUCACACAGGCACCCAGAAGAACUCACGAUCCCAUCUGGAAGAGAUUUUUCGACGUAUUCCUGAAUUACCCCAGCUGCGAGGAGCUGCCCAGCCUGACCUAUUGGAUCUCCGAGUUUCAGCAGUGUUGGGAGGGCAAGAAGAGGUUAUUCGACAAGGAAAAGUGGGCACAGUAUGCCAUGUACUUUGAGGAAAAAUAGUGCCCUUUUUUUUCUAUUCUGUGAUGUGGGUAGUUGUUAGCACAUAGCAAAAGAUAUACACAUGUACUUAGUGGGCCAGCUCCCCAAUGAGGAAUGUAUGGAAAUGUAUCACCUGUAUAUAUGUAAUGUUAAUGACAGAAGUGUUUCUAUGUUUGUUACUUAACACAGUGUGAUCUUACAACUUAUGGCCAACAUGUGAAGAUCAAUGGUGUAUUUUUUCUUCUUCAAUUUUGUAUGUAUUCUGCAGGUUAUUUCAAGCCAAAUACAUGCGUGUGGCUUAAAACAAGUGAGCACAGUAUGCAAUGUAUUUUGAGAAAAAAAAUAGUGCCCUUUCUUUCUAUUCUGUGAUGUGGGUAGUCAUUAGCAUUUAGCAAAAGAUAAAGGUCAGGUCCCCAAUGAGGAACGAUUGCAAAUGUAUCACCUGUAUAUAUGUAAUGUUAAUGACAGAAGUAUUUCUAUGUUUGUUACUUAACACAGUGUGGCCUCAAAGCUUACAACUUACAGCCUGCAUAUGGAGAUCAAUGGUGUAUUACUUCUUCUUCUUCUUCAAUUUUUUAUGUAUUCUGCAGGUUAGUUCAAGCCAAAUACAUGUAUUAGUAUGACUUUCCCAAAUGUAGGGAUAUGCCAUCUGCGUUAAGGCUAAUAUUAUUGAUGACAGAGCCUUUUACUAUAACAGUGAGCAACUAAUGUUAAAGAUGAAGAUUAAUGUGAUUCCUCAUGCAGAUCAGUAAUAUGUACUGUGCACAUUUCGGCUGUAAAUUAUGUUCUCUUGACACAUGUAGUUCUCCAUCUUUCAUUUCUUAAAAUCUCCUGGGCUUAUGAUCAAGUCCAUUUUACAGUGGGGAUUUCUGUAAUUUCCUACUGGUAAUUUCCCUUAGCCUACCUAUUUCUCCUCUCAGGACCCAGCAUCGAAAAGAAGAGUCUGUAAGAUGUAAUGUGUACUUGCUAAUUAUAAUCUCUCUUAUAUUAUCUUCAGUAGUCCCAGAGUCAAUACCACAUUACCAUGACGAUGAUGUGGGUUUUUCUUUAGAACUUGUAGUAUUUUUUUGACUAUGUAGAAAUAAACAACAAAGUCAAUUCUA